ACAACAAAUUUGCUAGUCUGACCAGAAGCGUUCAAAACGGCGGUAGUGUUUUGAAGAAGCCAGAGCAAUUCGCAGUUAUCGCAAAAUGCAAAAACAACAAUUGAUUUGUCUUUAUUUGUCACUGAUUGUUUUGGUUUCGGCCAAAAUGGUGGCAAGUCAGGUCGUUAAUGUGGGUCCAUGUCCAUCUGGCAUUGAAACUGUACAAGAUUUCGAUGCAGAAGCGUAUUUGGGUGUAUGGUAUGAGUACUCCAAGUAUCCUUUCGUUUUCGAGGCCGGCGGCAGAUGUAUACAGGCUGAAUAUGGAGCCUUAACAAACGAUUCGGUUUCAGUGCUGAAUAGCCAAAUAUCAAUUUUCAAUGAAAGAUCAUCUAUUUCCGGUGUUGCCAAAAUUGUUGGACCAGGCAAACUUUCCGUACGUUUUAAUGGUGUUGCUUCUCUAGCUGGGUCCGCUAACUACUGGGUGUUAGGUACCGAUUAUGAUAAUUAUGCUGUCGUCUACAGCUGCAAGAAUUUAGUAAUCGCACAUGCAGAAACCGUGUGGAUCCUCACGCGUGAGCGCGAUCCAUCUGAGGAUAUUGUAAGAGAAGCUCAGGAUGUACUUGAUUCGCAAGGUGUAUCUUUGGACCCAAUGAUUGUGACCGAUCAAUCAGGCUGUCCAGACUCAUAAAAAUAAAGCCGGAAGAAACUACGGCAUUACGAAAACUAUAAGCAAUCCGAAGCUAUGUAAAUAUUGUACAUAAAACAAAUAAAAAAACUACCAAUUUCAAAACA